AAAAAAAAACUAAAAAGAAGAGAAUAAGAGCGGAAAAAGAAAAAAAAGUUUCUUCAGCUUUCGUUAAUGGCGGUUAGGGUUUUCUGUUGAUCACCUUUCACAAAGGAAAUUCUUAUUUCUGUCCCGCCUACUAUCCCAACAGCCCGCGCUUUCAUUUCUCUUCUUGUUUCCCAAAAACCCUAAUUCCAGGGUCUCCCCUAAAUAUCUCAAUUUCAACUUCCGAGUCCUCAAUCUUUACGAUUCCGCCUGGCUAUUUUGGGAUUCGAUAAAUUUUGAAAUCGGAGAGCGAGAAGCUGCGAUGGGCGCUCAAGAGAAAUCUCAAGGCAACUCCAAUUCGCUGCAGCGAGUAAAGUUCUAUCGUUUGAGUGAGGAUGGUAAAUGGGAUGAUCAAGGAACCGGGCAUGUCACUGUUGAUUACUUGGAGAGAUCAGAAGAGCUGGCUUUGUUUGUUUUUGAUGAAGAAGACAAUGAGACGUUGCUUUCACAUCGUAUCCGCCCUGAUGACAUUUACAGAAAACAAGAAGAUACAAUCAUAUCAUGGAGAGACUCCGAGUAUUCUACUGAAUUAGCACUUAGUUUUCAAGAGAACACGGGAUGCUCUUACAUAUGGGACCAAAUCUGUAAUGUGCAAAGAAGUAUGCAUUUCAGUUCUCUCAAUGGUGAAACGUUUCACUCAAUGAAUAGUGAGUUGACGGAAUUGCCAGCUGUGGAGCUUUCAACUCUCCCCAUAAUCCUCAAGACUGUGACUGAGAGUGGCAUUUCUGAUCAGAUGCGGCUGACAGAACUAAUAUUAAAUGAUCUAGAUUUCUUUCAGAAGCUGAUGGAGCUAUUUAGAAUCUGCGAAGACUUGGAAAAUAUGGAUGAUCUUCACAUGAUAUUUAAAAUAGUCAAAGGGAUAAUUUUGCUCAAUAAUGCUCAAAUUUUUGAGAAAAUGUUUGGGGAUGAAUUGCUCAUGGAUAUUAUUGGUUCUCUUGAAUACGAUCCUGAUGUUCCUCAGGUGCACCAUCGUAAUUUUCUGAUGCAACAUGUUAUUUUUAAGGAGGCUGUUCCAAUUAAAAAUUCAACGGUCCAAUCAAAAAUACACCAGACAUACCGUGUUGGUUAUUUGAAGGAUGUUGUUUUGGCAAGGGUAUUGGAUGAGGCUACAGUUGCCAGUCUCAAUUCUAUAAUUCAUUCUAACAAUGCUAUGGUUAUAUCUUUAUUGAAGGAUGACAGCAACUUUAUUCAGGAAUUGUUUGCUAGGUUGAGGUUACCCACCACAUCUGCUGAAUCAAAGAAAAAAUUGGUAUAUUUCUUGCGUGAAUUUUGUAGUUUAAGCAAGAGCCUGCAGAUGGUGCAGCAGCUUCAACUAUUUAGGGAUCUUAUAAAGGAAGGUAUCUUUGACAUUAUCACUGAUGCUCUGCAGUGUCAAGAUAAAAAGCUUGUACUAACGGGGACAGACAUCCUCAUACUGUUCUUGAAUCAGGAUCCAAACCUUCUGCGCUCUUAUGUUGUUCUUCCGGAAGGAAUUCCACUUUUAGGACUUUUGGCUAAAGGGAUGAUAACAGAUUUUGGGGAUGAUAUGCAUUGCCAGUUUCUUGAAAUUCUUCGUAGUUUACUGGAUUCAUUUGCAUUGUCAGGAGGCCAGAGAGAUACGAUUAUUGAUAUCUUUUAUGAGAAGCAUUUGGGUCAGCUAAUUGAUGUCAUAAUAUUAUCAUGUCCUGAUGAGGUUGGCCAGUCAACGAGUAAUUUGGCAAGCAGUGGCAAAAGAGUUGAAAGUCAAAAUAGCACGAAGCCUGAAAUUCUGUUAAACAUAUGUGAAUUGCUUUGCUUUUGUGUUGUGCACCAUCCUUAUAGAAUAAAGUGCAAUUUUCUCCUUGACAACGUUAUUGAAAAAGUUCUGUUACUUACACGGAGAAGGGAAAAGUACCUAGUAGUUGCUGCUGUUCGCUUUGUUCGAACUAUUCUCUCUCAUCGUGACGAACACCUGAUCAAUCAUUUUGUUAAGAAAAACCUUCUCAAACCAGUUGUAGAUGCUUUUGUUGCUAAUGGAAAUCGUUACAAUAUGCUGAACUCGGCAGUCUUGGAACUUCUUGAAUAUAUUCGCAAGGAAAAUCUGAAAUUAUUAGUUAAAUAUAUAGUUGAUUCGUUUUGGGAUCAGUUGGUUAAGUUUGAGAAUUUGUCAUCCAUUCACUCUCUGAAAGUCAAAUAUGAACAGUGCUUGGAAAAUUGUGGAACAAAAGCUAAUGUUAAUGUGUUGGACUCGAGAAAACGAAUUGAUGAGCGUGCCCUUGAGAAAGAGGAGGAAGAAUAUUUUAAUGAGGACAGUGACGAAGAGGAUGCAACAUCUAAAUCUCGCACUCGGAAAGUACAGCCUCAGCCUGUUUCAUCAGAUGGAGGUGCUGCAAGCUACCCAUCUUUAAGUCCGAGAUCUGGUGGACUCGUCGACUAUGAUGAUGAUGAAGAUGAUGAAGACUACAGACCACCUCCCAAGAAGCAGAGUGAAACCUCAGAGGAUGAAGGAGCCCUGGAGUCCCUUCGGUUGAAGCGAAAGUUGAUUUCUAGGGAGCAUGAGAAUGAGAGAGCUUAUAAGAAGCAGCGUCUGGGUAAAAGCUCCAAAACAAGAGAUAGUGUAUUUGCUGCUUUGUGUUCAACCCUAAGCCAUGCAGUCCUGCCAAGUAAGAAAACUGCAAACGCCGUGCCUUUAUCUAGUCGAUCAGCUGAUGAGAGCAAAGGCUUGGGUGAGGACAAUCAUACAGAGAAAGAAUCUAUCAGCCCGAGAAGUUCUGAUAGAACUAGUUCAGAAGAGGACAACCACAGAGAGAAGGAACCUCCGAGAAACUGUUCAGAUUGUUUGCAUAGUCCCUCAGGCAGUAGACAACAAUUAAGCGGAGAGGACUGCCUCUUGAUACCACCAAAAUCCUCACCUGAAAUGGCUGUUAAUGGAUCUUAAGGGUAAUUUUGGAGAAUCUUAUGCACAAUUUAACCCGUUUUCUUGUUUGUUGUAUUCGACUCAAGAAUGUGCUUGCUGGUUAUCAGUAUGGACUACCAAAGAAGUGGAUUCAGAGAAACACCAGGAAGUCAAGAAGGAAAUUCAGAUUGUUUGUCAGUGGGAGGCGAUAGAUGAUCUGCAAGCAGAGGUCGGGUAAAAUUAUACUCCAUUAUGCAAAUGUCAAGAAUACCACCAAGCCUUUUCUGAUGCUUUGAGCUGAGCUUUGGACUUUAUGCUUUUAGCCUCACCGCCAAACUGUUGCUUCUGUAGAACAUUACCUGCUUUUUGGUCUUACUUUUCACCUU